GCUAGCUCAUGUGGACCACAAAACAAUCGACUAGGUAGUUGUUGAACAAAACAAUCGACUAGUUCCUUCUUUUUUACGCCCAAGAUGAACCAUUAACCAAAAGACAGAUGAGUAAUACAACAAGCACGAAGAGGAGGUCCGCAAGGAUGCUCCGUCCUGUCUUGUCGUUUCUUCUGUGCACCCCCAGUUGCCUCUUCGUCGUUGGCCUGUCGCCCAGGCCCAACAACAAGGCGCACAGGGAUGGGUCCGGUGAAGAUGCUGGUGCGAGGGUAGCAAAGAAGGGGAGCAAGGGGAAGGACAAAGAACAAGGAGCUUCUUCAUCAGUCGUAGUCGCCGCCACAACACCAUCUUCUACAUCAUCGAGCCAUGGUUUCGUCUCACAAGCUCUCCACUCUGCCAUGUCAGAGAAGAAGGAGGCGUCGAGUACCGAAGAUGGCGAUCAUCCUUUUACGGUGACCACAGAUCCGAACGGCGCUGCACCUCAAUGGGUCAACAAUCCUUUGUCCGAGUACUUCUUCAAAUACACUAGUGGUCUGAGGAUCUGGAAGUGGCAUCACUAUUUUGCGGUUUAUCAUCGGCACUUCGAUUCCUUACGUCAGUACACGAAGCAGCAGCCAGCUGGCAGUCCCGCGGGAAGGAUUAACAUGCUGGUUAUGGGAGUCCAAAGUGGAGGAGAAGUCGGCAUGUGGCAGAACUAUUUCGGCGACAACUUCUACUACUACGGAGUGGAUAUCAAUCCGGCUUUAUGAAUAAGUUGUAUAUUACAGAUUACAGAAGAUGAAGAAGGAGAUGACGCUCCCGAGCCCGACUGAAUGGUCCCGGUAUUUAGUAGCCUGAUUUUGAUCAUAAGGGAAAACAAGAAGAGAAUCCUUGUGAUCAAAUUCAGGCUACCAAAUACCGGAACCAUUCAUCGACAAUAUUUUUUACGCUAGAUGAUCUGCGAGAAAAACCCCGAUCAUUCUUGAUGAAGAGCAUCCGAUUCAUCUAGUACAGCCAUACUUCGUCCUUACUACAGCCGCGUACUCGAUCCAUCCAUACCAAUCUCGUCCUAUCUUCAUAUCCCUGCAAGAGUAUCGAAAAGCGGUACCCCAGGACCAAGAUUUACAUCGGAGACCAAGGGGACUCGAGUUUUCUGCUCAGUGUGAAAGACGAGAUCGCUGCCUCUGGAGCGCCUUUACACAUCGUCCUUGAUGAUGGAUCUCACAUUGCUUGGCAUCAGAUUUAUGCUCCUGGAUUAUCUUGUACUAUCAAGGUAAACAUCAGUUAUCUCUGAGGUAUCAGAUUACUGCUCAGGGACUUCUACGGACAACUUCAUCUUACAAUAUAUUGUACGAUCAAGACCAAGUAGAAGUAGCAAGCUUAAGUAUUUACAUGAUCGCUUUCAACAAUCAUGAGAAUGAGUAUUAUAACCCUCUUUCUUUUUCUUACUGCUUUGUUUCCUAAGAGAUAGCUCGAAGCCACCGCCUCUAACCCUCCGCAUCCUUCGAGACGCUCUUUCCCUUCCUACACAUCUACGGUGGCGUCUACAUUACUGAAGACGUGACCACGAACUACGCGGCUGCCAACUCAGUACAUAGGCAACCGGCUCCGCAACUUGCGAACUUCCCGGCAGUCAGCAGCACAAGCGAGACCUUUAUCGACCACAUGAAGACGAGGGUACACAAACAACAUCAGCGUUAUUUUUUGUAAGUAUUUCAUUCAAUAUGAACAAGAAGUAGAGGACAGAGACACUGUAGUAUGGUUGCCCCUUCUUAUCAGUGCUACCUUCACCCCAUUGUCCAAGGUCGACUUCGUCAACGGUUAUUGGAAAUUUGCUACUGCCAAUGCCGGUGUCAAUCCUUGGAACGAUCCUUUUGUGACCUCGGUCAACGACAUCGCCUUCUAUGAUGGCAUGGUAGUGAUAGAGAAGCAACCCCAUCAACAUCCGACGCAAGAGCGACGUGGCAGUGAGGAUAUCCCAUAUUGUACCAAUGGACAGGGGAAUGGAUGCUUGACGUGAGAAUGGUCAGUGAAUAUAAUAUGUUGAAUGGAAACGGUAAGUGAGGUCGAGGAGAAGUAGAGGUCGAGCAUAGAAGGAGAGGUCGAGCAUUCUUUUCGUAGAAAAUGAAAAGGUUCGAGGAGACGUAGAGGUCGGACGGUUCUUCAUCAUUCUUUCUGUAGAAAAUUCUACAACACGUCUUUCGGCAUAGUACAAACGGGCUGCGCCUGCAGCCAAGCCUCCUAGUGCAUAGUGCUGGACGUGAAUAGAGCGUUGACAUUUUCUUUUCUAACAGACUAGGUUUCGUGAUGGGGAUGAGACUAUGCUCUUGCUGCUCAAUAAAUGUCUGUACAGGUGAUUUCGCUUUUGCAUGAUGUAAUUCAAAUCUCCUGCUCAGCUUUCUUGUUUAUUUUUUCCAAGUAUCUUCUACUUCUAGAAAGAAGUUGCACAGACGAAAGCAGUGCACAGCGAAAUCAACAAAUGAGAAUACAUUGCUGAAAGGCUCAUGGGCGAGGGCGUGCC